AUGAAUGCCAGGGAGGUGGUCAUUGACUUUGGCAAGUAUCCAGCGAGUAACGAGGUUAAACCUGGCCAUAGAAACACGUACUAUUAUGACGACAAUGAACAUGGCGGUGAAAGGGUGUACAUAACCUUUGACAUGCACCCUUCAGAGUGUCCUGGGUACAAGAAGCUCACCUAUAAGCCACAGAGAUUUGGCACAAAAAUAGUCGGAAUUUCAUACGGUGCUGGACCCUUGGGGGAAUUUCAAAACUCUCUUGAAUUUUGCGAGACUGUUGCUGUCUACUACUGGUCAGGGGACAUGACCUAUCGCACCCCUUUAAUCGUCCAACUGACAUCUGGUUAUUCAUCCGUUUAUUUUGUAGCCUCCGAGGGCGGGGAGGCUGAUUGGACGAUACUCUUUAGUUCUCAGAUAUCCGUAAACCUCCUCAUCUGGCUCGAUAGUGAAAACUGUAGAUGGAACGGAGCCCACAUUAUAGACAUUUCAAAGAUUUACGAGGAGAGCUACAACUGUUACUCUUGCCAUCGACAAGUUUUGGGAGUGACAACUUUGAGCGGGCAAAAGGGCUAUAGAAAAGUCGUCCACAGACUUACCGGUGGUUGUGUUGGCAGGAUAAAGAACGGGGCAAAGCAUGUUACCGAUAUCAUGGUCUCGGAGGGGACGCCAACUGUCGAAGUCUACUGGUAUCCCAGCAGACUUGGUUUGCCGGUAGUUGUCUAUUUGCCAGUUCCCCUUACCGAAUACUAUGAGGAAGAGACAUCAGAGAGUAGUAUUUGGUACAGAAAGCUUCCCGGAAACAGAUGGACUAGAAUGGAGAAUUACAGUCCCGCGAUUAACGAACCGGAAUCUUUCGUUCAGUUACUCAAGAAAAUAUACGAGGAGACUACACCCAGUCAUUUACGUUUCUAUUAUGAGGAUACAGGAAAUAAACCUGUAAAGACAGCUCCUUCUAGAGAGAUUAUUAUCGGAAUUGCACUUUUAAACUUGGUUGGAUUAACCUUCAUUUGCUUUUUAUUUCGCAAGUUUUCUCCUCAAAUACGACGUUUUAUUCUAAAGGGGUACACUCUUUUGUAG